AUGCAGCAAAGGCGAGAGCUCACAAAUACAAAACUUACUCCGCAUCAACAGCCACCUGCUAAAGCCCUCUGGGCAGAUCCCACCUGCAAAGCCCCGCUGACAACCCCACGGCUGCUGUCCCUGGCACAGCAAAGGCAGCUCAACGGCACUCACCCAGCUAGCCCCGGCUCCAGAGGGGGGCUGCUCCCCGUCCGGCUCUCGCUGCCGGGAGCGCUGCUGCUCCUGGAGGAGGUGGUGGCGGUGGAGGAGGUGGUGGCGGCGGUGGUGGCGAUGGCAGCUCCUGCGGGAGAGUUGCUGGGAGCGUUGCUAGGAGACCGUGACGCUCUGUCCAUCACUGGCGCGACUCGGGGCCGCGGGGAGGGAGGAAAGAAGGGAGGGGAGGUCCCUCCAGCGGGACGCGCACCGCCUGGUGAGCCGGAGGACGGAGCAGAUGCCGCGGCUUGGAGCUGGAAAGGCGGCUGGGAAAGGAGUGCUGAGAUCUCUCUUACUCUUGAUGCACCCUCAGCCACAGAGCUGAAUUACUAUGAAUACCAACCAGCUCACUACCUGCCCAUAGUCUGUGCUGAGAAUAUGACAGCAAUGAAAGGAAAAACCUUACAGGCAAUUAUUCUACUCAACACCAGGAAGGAGAUGCAGUAAGUGAGUUUACGAUGCUGUCCUGUGGCAAAGCUGGUGGAGAGGAAAAACUACCACAUCACAGGGCCUGCGAAAGAAAGAGGAGAUGCACACACCCCUCAGCACUGCAUCACCAGUGUCCAGCUGUGAUCUCGACAGUGAGACAACAGAAACCUGUACGUGCCAGAAAUGGUAUAUGGUUCCAAUAUAGACAUAAACCAAUAAACACUAAAAAUAACUUA